AUGCAAUUAAGGCCCAGCAACGAGACCACCUUGACCGGUGACCUCGUCCAAAAUGGUGGAUGCCAUAUGAGCUGGGGAUGGAGAAAAGGGAGUAUCCUUCCUUCGCGUCCAAGUUUGACAGUAAAGACCCUAAACUCACCUCGCGGAAAAGACAGGCGACACUUCAAGAAACCCGACCGUCCAACCGCGUGUGCCGCACACCUCUGCCGUAAAGCCAGUCAACCUUCCCCAGCCUGCCGUAAAAGAACCACGGACGUUACGCCUAAGGGUCCCACUGAACUAAACCCACAUGCUUUGGAGACUACACAAGCAAGACCCAGCGCCCAUGACAAACUGUCACCAACCGACCCAGAGCCUGGCCGCAGGGACCCCCGAAGAGACCACCUACUCUCCCAUGGCGAAGCAGCAGCUAUGCCCUUAGACACUUUUCUCUCACCAGCCAUAUGGCAGAAAUGA